GAAGGACUUUUAUCGUAUUUCCGCAGUAGUGCGUCGACCGGAAGUGGGAUCAGGAUCGAAGCGGCUUCAGUCAGUUCUCUUCCUCACUCUCGCACACGGCCAUUUUCCUUCAGCUCGAGAAGAUCGAUCCCGCGAACAUGGCCGACUACUCUAACGUGGCUCCACCGUCCUCAAACGCCGGUGGAGGGAUGAACGAUGCUUUUAAAGACGCCCUUCAGAGAGCCAGACAAAUUGCUGCAAAAAUAGGAGGUGAUGGUGUACCCCACUCUCCAGUAUCCAAUGAGUUUGGUUAUGGAGGACAGAAGAGACCCCUUGAAGAUGGAGAUCAACCAGAAACCAAGAAGGUUCCACCAAGUGAUCCUUUUUCAUCUGUAAUGGGAGGCAUGGGUGGCCCAUCAAGGUCUUUAUCAGAAGAGUUCAAGGUUCCAGAUGGCAUGGUUGGCUUCAUUAUUGGAAGGGGAGGAGAACAGAUUUCAAGAAUACAGCAGGACUCAGGUUGCAAAAUACAGAUUGCUCCCGACAGUGGUGGCAUGCCUGAGAGGUCAGUGACAUUAACAGGCUCACCUGAUUCAAUCCAGGCUGCAAAGAGUUUGCUCACAGAGAUUGUAGAGAAAGGUAGACCUUCUCCAGCAUUCCACCACAAUGAUGGACCAGGGAUGUCUGUUCAGGAGAUCAUGGUCCCUGCCUCCAAAGCUGGUCUGGUUAUUGGAAAGGGAGGAGAAACAAUCAAACAAUUACAGGAACGUGCGGGUGUCAAAAUGGUCAUGAUUCAAGAAGGACCCCAAAACACAGGGGCUGAUAAACCACUCAGAAUCUCUGGUGAUCCUUUUAAAGUUCAGCAAGCUAAAGACAUGGUGAUGGAUCUGAUCAGAGAUCAGGGUUUCCGGGAACAGAGAGGAGAGUAUGGUUCUAGAGCAGGCGGUGGAGAGAGUCUGGAUGUCCCUGUGCCAAGGUUUGCCGUGGGAAUUGUGAUUGGCAGGAAUGGUGAAAUGAUUAAGAAGAUUCAGAAUGACACUGGUGUGAGGAUUCAGUUCAAACCAGACGAUGGCUCCACACCAGAGAGGAUCGCUCAGAUUAUGGGGCCUCCAGACAGGGCACAGCAUGCAGCAGAUAUCAUGUCUGACCUGCUGAGGAGUGUACAGGCUGGAGGCCCCCCUGGUCACGGGGGCAGAGGUAGGGGCCGUGGACAGGGAAACUGGAACAUGGGCCCUCCUGGAGGCCUGCAGGAAUUCACUUUCACUGUGCCUACCAUGAAGACUGGCCUCAUUAUUGGCAAAGGGGGUGAAACCAUUAAGAACAUCAGCCAGCAGUCAGGAGCCAGGAUAGAGUUACAAAGAAACCCUCCACCUAAUUCGGACCCUAAUAUAAAGAUCUUCACAGUCCGUGGAUCACCCCAACAGAUUGAUUACGCCAGACAGCUGGUCGAAGAAAAGAUUGGAGGUCCAGUUAGCCCUAUGGGUGGCCCUCAUGGUCCUCCUGGGCCCCACGGAGGUCCUUCUCAUGGCCCUACCGGUCCACCAGGACCACCUGCUCCCAUGGGCCCAUACAACCCUGGGCCCUAUGGCCAGGGCCCUCCUGGACCACAUGGUCCCCCAGCACCAUACCAGGCUCAAGGCUGGGGCAAUGGAUACCCUCAUUGGCAGCAAGGACAGCCAGAUCCCAAUAAAGCAGCAGCUGACGCUAAUGCGGCCGCAUGGGCAGCCUAUUAUUCUCAGUACCAGCAGCAGCCCCAGGGCCCCAUGACACCAACAUCAGCAGCCCCUGGCACAUCCCAAACCAAUGGACAAGGUGACCCGCAAGCUCCAGGUCAAAGUGGACAGGCAGAUUACACCAAGGCCUGGGAGGAAUAUUACAAGAAAUUGGGUCAAGGACAGCCUCAGCAGGACUAUACAAAGGCAUGGGAAGAGUACUAUAAGAAACAAGGUCAAGCUGCGCCUCAGGCGACUGCAGCAGCGGCGGCGUCUCAACCAGGAGGUCAGCCAGAUUACAGUGCAGCGUGGGCAGAAUACUACCGCCAGCAAGCAGCGUACUAUGGCCAAGGCACCCCUCAGGCGAUGGGAGCUGCACCCCAGGCUCAGCAGGGCCAGUAAUGUGAAGUGGACAUAAAGUAAAUGCUACAUUGUCAGAAAAAACCUUUGUUAAAUGUUUGGAUGCAGACGCCAUGAUGAAGAUCUUUAUUUCAUUGGUUUGAGUGUUUAAACUAGAUCGCAGACCAGCUUCAAAGUCAAGUAUAUAUAUAUAAUUUUUUUCCUUUUUGUUUUGCCACUCUUGUAAAUGAAUGGUUUGUUUUUAGUCGGGUAAUUUUGGUCAUUCCAGCUCCUGUAUCUCCUGUAUCUCAUGUAGUUCUGAGACUAAACUAUAGUCAUUUCCAUGUAAAUCAUCUCAGUUUUAAUAUGAUAUGCCUGUUGUGUUUUGCAAUAAAACAAUGAAACCUCCUGUGUUGGUAAGUGGGGUGUAAAAUUGGGGAAUGUUUUGUAAAAAAAUUCAUUUCCUGUUUUGGGGCAGGGGUAUGCAAAUUUACAGAACAAAAAUGUUGCUCUUCUUUUUUUUUUUUUUUUUGUUUUUUUUUUUUUAACUCUAUUACCCUUAAUUAUUUUUUUGUUUGAUUCCUGGUCUAUUUUAAAGUCACAAGUAAGAGAUCAUUGGUCAUUUGACAUUGCUUGUUUGACAUAUGGACAGCUCUGUUUUUAUGCUGCAUUUUUUUUUUGUUUUACUGGUCAUUGCUGUGGAUGUAGGUAUAGGCAGAUUAUCUAAGGCAAGGUGGCUUGGUGUUGGCAAGGUAUGUGAUUCAUGCAAUAACUCUUCAGUGCUGUAGUGUUGCUCAUUCUUGUUUUGCAUUUUAAAUGGUUUGUUGAGGUAGUGUGCACUGUUAAUGAGAGACAUUUCCUCCCUCACAGGCGAGAUUAGGAAGGCGGUAAGAAAGUAUGCGUCUUUACAUAAACUGUUCCUUUUUAUAUUGUGACUGCAGUCAUGUUGCAAAUAUUUUAGUUUGUUCUCCCAAGUUUGCUCCUUUUUUACAGGGCAGGUCAAGUGUUCUAAUCAACAGUAAUGUCUUGCAAAAUUACUUGUCCCCAUCCUAUAUUUUACAUGUCUAAUAUCCACAAAUUGUGUAUAUAUUUCUAUCAAUAUUGCUGGCAUUUUAAAAAACAUUUUGAUACGAUUAAAUAAGCUCGAAUGCGAACAUGGACUACUUUUUUUUCUGCCCAUUGUCUGUUAGCAUUCCUCCAAUAUAGGCCUAUAGGUUUUUGGAGACUCUGGCCUCCUACACCAGUGAAAUGAGCUCUCCACUGUAAGUACAAAAUGUACAUGAUUUUGCGGCCCAAUUUGUGUUUACUGUCAAUGCAUUGUCUUUGACUGAAUGAAACGCAAUGUAUAUAAAUCUCUAAAUGUUGCCCUUUUUUGGGUAAGUAUGUCAGGGCUGUAAUUUUGAUUUGACAUGUUCAAGAUAAUAAUGACCUGACCCUUUUCACAUUGGACUGUUAUUUUUUGCCACAACAGCAUUGUGUAAUAUUUACAAAUUGAGAAAUUGCCAUGUUGACACUGCUUUAGUCAUUUAGGUCUCUCAGACUUCUCAUAUGAAACUGUGAAGUGUACCACUGUUCAAGUCAGUCCGUCUGUAGAAACAGCAACUUUUCCUAUCUGCGAAUGUGUGGUUUAACAUUGACUAGACAUGUAAAUUGUCUUUUUGUGAUUUGACAAUUGUUUUAUACUGCAUAGCCCAUAAAGACCGUCAGCAAAUGGCCUCUUUCAAAUGUUAAUUAGUAUUAAUGUCCUAUUUCUAAAUCUGUGCCUGACCUGUUUGUAAUUAAGGUCAUUGAGGCUGUCGAUUUGAUGCAAGUUUAUUUUCUUUUAUUUGACUGUUCAUUAGUGAGCAGUGCAAUGUCUAAUCUUGCAGUGUCAUCCCUGACCUUGCACCUUAGGUUCUGCAGCAAUAACACAGGUAAGAGUAUCCUAAGAAAUCAAAACGAUUGAACCUGUGAUCUAGUGUAAUGCUUUUCACCUUUGAAACUGAGGUCAAUUUGUGCCGCUGUUUAAAUGAUGUCUCUCGAAGUAGAUAGACUGACGUACAUCACAAAUGUCAGAAAUAAGAUUUCUUGGAAGUAUGUAUUUUUUUGUCCAUAUGAAUUGCAUGGCCUUGACCUGUAGUUCACAAAUGUUUUCCUCUGUUGAAAUCUAACUAGAAUUAUCCCGCUUUUUCUUUUUUCUCAUUGAAACAAAUGUGAUUUUGAUUUGCUCAUUUGUUAGCUUCCUGGUAAGUCUGUUAAGUGUGGUUCUGUUCUACUCUUAAACAAUGCAUGCAGAUGCAAAAUGAUCCAGUUAGCCCUAUGAAUGCACUCACUGAUAACUGACGUAUACUGUAUGUAUGCUCAUGUUUCAUUGGUUUGCAAGCUUUCUUGUUGCCAAUCUGUAGUGCUAAUGUUUGUCCCACAUUGCUGCCUUCAUUCUCACUCACAGUGUUGAAGAUGCUGCAGGCGUAGUUCGUAGAAUCAGGUCCUGAGCUAGUUUGUCCGUAAGGAGGAAUCCUUUGAGUCUGUCCCUCCGCUGAACGUAGACUGUUCAAGGGCUCCAAUUAUAAGGUAAAAAUAUCAUGAGGAAUCUGUCAUUGCAAAGUCAAUGUUACUGUUAGUUUAGGGUGAUGCCAGUUAGUUUUGAUUAUAGAAAUGUAGCCAUAUGCCAUAUUAUUGGUUGACUAAUGGUUCUAUGAAAUGUUUUGAGUACAUUCUUUGCCUUUUGUUGAUAAGCGUAGGGAUUUUAUGUGCAUCAAUGCUGUACAGAUGGACCAUGACCAGGAACUUUUUUUUUCUUUUUAGUAGACAUUUGCCAGGCUGGUUUUUGUUUGUUAAACAGUUUCUUUAAACCUAGUCUUUAUCCAUUGCUGCAUAUCGUUUUGUAUGCAUGCAAGAUGUUUCCUUUUGAGCAAAUUGUUCACAACAGAAUUCGUGGGGGUCUAAAUAUGAAGAGAAAAUCGGAGGCUAUCUGAGAAAUUUGGAGCAUGCCUUUGAGGUAAAACUAUCAUGAACUGUUAAAGUUGUUGAAUGUACUUUUGAUUUUUGCGGAGAAUUGUUGGUCUGAAAUGUUGAAGAUUGUUGCUAUUGUCAUCAAUAAAAUUGUAAUCAUUAAAA